AUGGCUUCAGGAAAAGACACGUGUCCAACUUUACCAAAACUCACCAAUAGCUGCUCUGAUGAGACCUCAUACAAGGUACCUUAUAAGUAUACUGAUGUUCACUUGCCACGGUUUUCAUUAAAACAAGGGAUGAUUCCAAGACAUUAUGUUAUGCCUUGGAAGGAAAGUAUGAAAUUCAGGAGUAUGAAUAUAAAGCAUGCAGAUGCUUGUGGUAUCUAUGCUGGUCCUUUAGAAGACUCUCUUUUUCUGAAUCAAAGUGAAAGACUUUGCCAUGGGGAAGAUCGGAAGAUUGUCUUGGGGAAAGGCCCACCAGAAAUAAAAAUUGCAGAUAUGCCUUUGCAUUCUCCUCUCUCCAGAUACCAAAGCACUGUGAUUUCCCAUGGAUUUCGAAGACGACUAGUCUGA